UACCGGAAACUGUUUCUUUUUUUUUGUCCCGCUAGCUUGACGUUCUUCUGACGUGCCUGUGGUUCAUGUUUGGUAGCUAAUCCGGCUAGCAGAUGUCGACUGGCCCAACUUAAUUUCUAAUGAACACAUGUGCAUGAAACGGUUCAAACGUCACUCCGAGUAAGAGGGUGGGGGCGGGGGGGACGAUGGCGCAUCGGUGUACCCCACCGUCGCCGUCCCAGAGGACCGAUCAUCUGGAGCCGGAUAAUGACUCCGACAGGGACUCCGGUGUCGGGGAGGAGGAUGCUGACAGUUGCCAUGGAGACGCAGGAACAGAAGAAGAGGAAGUCAACAAGCGCACAAGUUGCACCGAAGAAAAAAGCAGCGGGGGAGAGGGACAGGCUUCUGCCGUGUUUAUUGCCUUCCGAGGGAAUAUGGAGGAUGAGGACUUCUCUCUGAAACUUGACUCCAUCCUCAGCGGAAUACCGAACAUGCUCGAUAUGGCGUCCGAGAGGCUCCAGCCACAGCACGUGGAGCCGUGGAACAGUGUGCGGGUUACCUUCAACAUUCCUCGGGAUGCUGCCGAGCGGCUCAGGCUAUUGGCCCAAAACAACCAGCAGCAGCUCAGAGAUCUGGGGAUCCUCUCCGUGCAGAUCGAAGGCGAAGGGGCCAUCAACGUGGCUGUGGGACCAAACAGGGGACAAGACGUCCGAGUGAAUGGUCCAACUGGAGCACCUGGCCAGAUGAGAAUGGAUGUUGGCUUUUCAGGUCAGCCUGGUCCAGGUGGGGUAAGGAUGGCUAAUCCGGCGAUGGUUCCACCUGGACCUGGCAUAGCAGGCCAGGCGAUGGUACCAGGCAGCAGUGGACAGAUGCAUCCUCGUAUUCAGAGACCUACAUCACAGACAGGUUCAGAUGGUACGGAUCCAAUGAUGGCAGGUAUGUCAGUUCAGCAGCAGCAGCAGCCACUCCAGCACCAACAGGCUGGUCCCCAUGUCCCAGGCCCAAUGCCUCAGGCCGCCCAUCACCUGCAGGCUCUGCAGGGCGGGAGGCCACUCAACCCGGCCGCCCUGCAGCAGCUACAGCAGCAGCAGCAUCACCAACAGCAGCAGCAGCAGCAGCAGGCCCAGCAGCAAGCUCAGCUGUCCCAGCUCGGACCCCGACCCCCGUUCAACCCGUCGGGUCAGAUGGCUGUGCCUCCUGGCUGGAACCAGUUGCCCUCCGGGGUCCUCCAGCCACCGGCCACCCAAGGAAGCCCUGCCUGGAGGAAGCCCCCACCCCAGGCCCAAAUGGUUCCACGUCCCCCCUCCCUUGCUACGGUCCAGACUCCCAGCCACCCUCCGCCCCCUUACCCAUUUGGCAGCCAGCAGGCUGGGCAGGUGUUCAACGCCAUUGGACAGCUACAGCAGCAACAGCAGACAGGAGUGGGGCAGUUUGCAGCCCCCCAGCCGAAAGGCCUGCAGACCGGCCCCGGUGGUGUCGCAGGACCGCCCAGACCCCCUCCGCCCCUUCCACCAACUUCUGGGCCCCAGGGCAACCUCACCGCCAAGUCCCCUGGUUCCUCUUCCUCUCCUUUCCAGCAGGGUUCACCGGGGACUCCUCCCAUGAGGCCGACGACCCCCCAGGGUUUUCCCCAAGGCGUUGGAUCACCAGGAAGAGCCGCCCUCGGGCAACCGGGUAACAUGCAGCAGGGUUUCAUGGGAAUGCCCCAGCACGGACAGCCUGGGGCCCAAGUUCACCCAGGCAUGCCGAAGCGUCCAAUGGGAUUUCCAAACCCAAACUUUGUCCAAGGUCAGGUGAGUGGCAGCACUCCAGGAACCCCUGUGGGAGGAGCCAGCCAGCAGCUUCAGGGCAAUCAGGCCAUGACUCACACAGGAGCUCUGCCGUCGGCCUCCACGCCCAACUCGAUGCAGGGUCCACCCCAUGCCCAGCCCAAUGUUAUGGGUGUACAAAGUGGCAUGGCAGGUCUGCCUCCCGGUACAACCGCUGGGCCUAGUAUGGGCCAGCAACAGCCGGGCCUCCAGACCCAGAUGAUGGGCCUCCAGCAUCAGGCCCAGCCCGUGUCUUCCUCCCCCAGCCAGAAGGUUCAAGGCCAGGGUGGAGGUCAGACUGUUCUCUCAAGGCCCCUCAGUCAAGGGCAGAGAGGAGGGAUGACCCCACCCAAGCAAAUGAUGCCUCAGCAAGGCCAGGGGGUGAUGCAUGGGCAGGGUCAGAUGGUUGGAGGCCAAGGGCACCAGGCCAUGCUCAUGCAGCAGCAGCAGCAACAAAACUCCAUGAUGGAACAAAUGGUUGCCAACCAGAUGCAAGGCAACAAGCAGCCAUUUGGAGGCAAGAUCCCAGCUGGAGUCAUGCCUGGCCAGAUGAUGCGUGGCCCUGCUCCAAACGUUCCAGGUAACAUGGUUCAGUUCCAAGGCCAGGUUGCCCCCCAGCAGAUGACUCCACAACAGCAGCAGCAGAUGGCUCAACUCCAACAACAGCAGCUGCAACAGCAGCAGCAGCAACAACAACAACAACAACAACAGCAGCAGCAGCAGCAGCAACAACAACAACAACAGCAGCAGCAGCAGCAACAACAGCAGCAGCACCAGUUGCAGCAGCAGCAGCAGCACCAAUUACAGCAACAACACCAACAGAUGAACCAGCAACAGCCCCAGCAGGUUCCUAUCGCCGGCAACCCUAAUCAGGCAAUGGGCAUGCAUGGGCAACAGUUGAGGCUCCCUGCUGGUCAUCCUCUUAUCCAACAACAGUUGCAACAGCAGCAGUUGCAGCAGCAGAAACAACAACAGCAACAAGCCAUGUUACAGCAGCAGCAGCAACAACAGCAGCAGCAACAACAACAACAGGCAGCUCAACAGCACCCCCAUCCUUUGGGAGAUCCUAAUGGUGGGACAGGGGACCUCGGGGUCCAACAGAUGGUCCCUGAUAUGCAGGCGCAGCAGCAGCAAGGUAUGAUGGGGGGCCCACAGCACAUGCAGAUGGGAAACGGCCACUUCGCCGGGCACGGCAUGAACUUUAACUCACAGUUCCAAGGCCAGAUGCCGAUGGCGGGAGCCUGCGUGCAGCCGGGAGGCUUCCCAGUCAGCAAGGAUGUAACUCUGACUAGCCCGCUGCUGGUCAACCUGCUGCAGAGCGACAUCUCAGCCAGCCAGUUUGGGCCAGGAGGAAAACAGGGCGCAGGUGGGGGCAAUCAGGCCAAACCCAAAAAGAAGAAACCGGCGCGGAAAAAGAAGUCCAAAGAGGGAGAUGGACCACAGCAAGUAGAGGGACUUGGUGGUCUCGAUGCGGCUGCUGGAAUGGAAGAUUCCGAACUACCAAAUCUGGGUGGCGAACAGAGUUUGGGUUUAGAAAACUCUGGCCAGAAACUCCCCGAGUUUGCCAACAGGCCUGCAGGCUUCCCUGGCCAGGCUGGAGACCAGAGAGUAUUACAGCAGGUACCAAUGCAAUUUAUGCAGCAGCAGCAGCAGCAGCAUCAACAACAACAUCAACAACAAAUGCAGCACAUGCAACAGCAACAGAUACAACAGCAACAAUUGCAACAGCAGCAACAAAUACAACAACAAAUGCAGCAGCAGCAAAUACAGCAGCAACAAUUACAACAACAGCAACAGAUACAGCAGCAGCAGCAGAUUCAACAGAUGCAGAUGCAGAGUCUCCAGAAUGCUCAAGGGCCACAGGGGAUGACGGGGCCACAGGCUCCGGGUCAAGGCCAGCCCCAGAUGCACCCUCACCAGCUGCAGCAGCAGCCUCAACAAUCAAACCUGCUGCAGCAGCAGCAGCAGCAGCAACAACAACAACAACAGCAGCAACAACAACAACAACAACAGCAGCAGCAACAACAACAACAGCAGCAGCAACAGCAGCAGCAGCAGCAACAACAACAACAGCAGCAGCAAAUGUUGAUGAUGUUGAAGAUGCAGCAGGAGCAGGCAAAGAACCGCAUGUCCAUCCCUCCAGGAGGACAGAUCCCUCCUAGGGGCAUGGGCAAUCCGCCUGAGGUCCAGAGGCUUCCAGUCUCACAGCAAAACAACAUGCCCGUAAUGAUCAGCCUUCCCGGACAUGGAGGGGUACCGCCGUCUCCUGACAAAGCAAGAGGCAUGCCCCUGAUGGUGAACCCCCAGCUUGCAGGAGCUGUACGAAGAAUGUCCCAUCCGGAUGCAGGGCAGGGUCUUCAAGGCGCUGGGUCUGAAGAAGCCAUUGCUCAUCAGAAGCAGCCUGGAGGCCCAGACGUUGGGCUGCAGCAUCCUGGAAAUGGGAACCAACAAAUGAUGGCUAAUCAGGGCUCCAACGCUCACAUGAUGAAGCAGGGCCCUGGUCCAUCCCCAAUGCCCCAGCACACCGGAGCCAGUCCCCAGCAGCAGCUACCUAGUCAGCCUCAGCAAGGGGGUCCCAUGCCGGGCCUUCAUUUCCCCAAUGUACCUACAACCUCCCAGAGCUCCAGGCCCAAAACCCCCAACAGAGCGAGCCCCAGGCCGUACCACCAUCCUCUCACCCCAACUAAUCGCCCACCCAGCACCGAACCCUCCGAGAUCAACCUUUCACCCGAGAGGCUUAAUGCCUCCAUCGCAGGCCUGUUUCCUCCCAAAAUCAACAUUCCUCUGCCUCCCAGGCAGCCGAACCUAAACAGGGGAUUUGAUCAGCAAGGUCUGAACCCGACAACUCUGAAAGCCAUCGGCCAGGCCCCUCCCAGCUUAACCUUACCAGGCAACAGCAACAAUGGCAGUGUGGGCGGAAACAACAAUCAACAGCCGUUCUCAACUGGCUCUGGAGUAGGAGGUGCAGGCGGUAAACAGGACAAGCAGCCUGGAGGGCAGGCUAAGAGGGCAAGUCCCAGCAAUAGCCGGAGGUCGAGUCCAGCCUCGAGCCGGAAGUCGGCAACCCCGAGUCCAGGGAGACAAAAGGGGACAAAGAUGGCGAUCAACUGCCCUCCGCCCCAGCAGCAGUUGGUCGGCUCUCAGGCGCAAACCACUAUGCUAAGCCCGGCCUCAGCACUCCCAAAUCCGCUAUCUAUGCCGUCACAAGUAAGUGGGGCAGUGGAGGCUCAGCAGACCCAGAGCCCCUUCCACGGGAUGCAAGGGAACGCCGCCGAGGGAAUCCGGGAAAGUCAGGGAAUGGCUACGGCAGAGCAGCGUCAGGUGCCUCAAACGCCGCCGCAGCCUCUGAGGGAGUUAUCAGCUCCUAGGAUGGCGAGCCCCCGUUUUCCGUUGCCUCAGCAGCCUAAGCCUGACUUGGAAGUGAAGGCUGGGACAGUUGAUAGGCUCCCUGUGCAAACGCCGCCUGUGCCGGACUCCGAGGCCUCACCUACUCUCAGGGCAGCGCCAACCUCCCUGAACCAGUUGCUGGAUAACUCUGCUAUCGCAAACAUGCCUCCUCGGGCCGGACAAAAUACUAAUGUCAGGGAUGUUAUGGGAAAGGACAGCCCCAAGUCCGCUUUGGAUCCAGAGAGACCACUCCACACUAAUUCCCAGGGCACAGAUAUGUCAGCUGCUGUCGCUUCAAAUGCAUCGGAGGCCAAACCUCAACCCGCUGUCCCAAUUCCUACCAGCAGUCCAAAUUUACAUCCCGCCUCAAUUUCCAGCUCGCACCCUUGCACCAACGUGACCUCUCAAACUCCCCCCAGCCUCAGCCAGAGCCUCAUCCCAGGCCUCGGUAAUCAGCCCGGUCCAAAUGUAAAACCGACGCCUGCCAUCUGCCCCGCCCUCAGUACUGACACGAGUGGAAGCCCCAACCCAGUCUCCUCGGGUCAAAGCAGUCCUGCCUUGACAGUCGGCACCAGUUCUAACUCCAGCUCAGCUCCGACACCCGAGACAAGUGUUCACUCAGUCAUACAGAUCCCGGCCUCUUCUAGCGCAAUUCCCCCCAAUCAGAUUACUGUGUUUGUCACCUCUAACCCCAUCACCCUCCCCGCUCCUCCCAAGGCACCCGCAUCAAUGGCCUCAACCAUGGUGGCCGUCCCCAACAAGAACAUUAGACCUCAGGACAUCCGGCAGCAGGCCCCUGCCCCCCGCCCUUCCCAGUUCAUCACCCCCGCCCCUGUAUUUAUCAACCCUAUUUUCCAAGUCCCGGGAGCAUCGGUGGCUCCCAAUUCCACAAUGGCCUCACAGUCCGUUGCCAUGGUGGGGCCCAUCCAAGUGUCCACUGCUAAUAUCCACCUUGCUCCUGCCCCAAGCUCCACCCAGUCCUCUGGGGCUAACAUGGCCAGCACUCAGCCCCCCAGGAGUGCUGCUGGACAGGUCCAGAUCACCACUAGUGUUCCCUCAUCAGUCCCAGUUGGUACUCCCCCACCCCCUCACCAAAUGAACCAGGGGGCUCCCAAAACAGAAAAUCUAGGUGAGGCAGGUUCGGCUCAGAAACUCAGUCCUGCAGUACGCCAGCCGUCUCCCCAUCCAAGCCCUGCAGCAUCAUCUGCCUCCCAGGCAAACCUGGCUUCUCCUCCUCUCUCCUCUAGUCCUGGGGCUGCUAACCCCACUCAAAAAAAGCCCAUGUCGCCACCCCCCGCUCCCCAGGUAAAAGGGCAACCUUCACCGGCUCCCGCCGUGGUUUCUGCGACAGCGGACUCCCAUCAGAGUCUUGUAGAAAGAACUGGGCAGGGCCCCCCUGGAGCCGUACCACCACAGGUCCUCCAUCCUCCUGCCAUCCAGAUUGAAGCUAUAGCUCCACCUACAAGUGCUCCCGCUGCCUCCAACAACAUUACUGCGCCAACUGCCUCCUCUCCAACCCCAGCUGCCAGCCAAGUGGCUGUUCCCACUCCGAUCAUCAGCCAGGCUCCAGUGCCCUCGACGGCUGCAGCCUCCAACCAGGCCCAGGCUGUAGCUCCUCAACCUCCUGCAGUCGCCCUAGCUGGCGCCUCCACAAGUGUCGCUGCUACUUUGGUCUCCACUGCUGCUCCCGUACAAAGACCUGUACCGUCUGUUGUUCCGAUUGUUGCUGGAUCUGGACCUUCUCUGGAGGCUGUCGCCACCACAUCCUCUCCAGUUGCAAACCCCAGCGGAGUUCCCCCUGCUCAGCCUAACCCCCCAGCUGUGGAGCGGCCAAUGCCGCCUACUGCUGCAUCGGCUGCAAUCACUCAGACCUCCCCAGUAUCUAUUCAACAAGCCCCACCGUCCCAAGAACCUGCUGCCAGUGAGAAGACGGGUGAAGAGGUCUUGGCGGGUUCGGAGCAGGGAUGGGCAAAGAAAAGAAGGCGCCCAUCAACUUAGUGCCAAGGG